CACAAAACUACAAAUCAUAGACGGUUGAUAAAACACACACUCCCUCGGUCCCUCCUUCCUUCCCACCCUCCUUCUUCUCCCUCUCAUUUCAUGGCAUAUACCUCAAGCAUCUUCUCCUGAUUCCUCUUCCUCAAUCAUUUCAUUCAUUCAUUCAUUACAAUUCACACCACAACAACACCAUACCUCACCACUCAAACCAUGAUUCACUCCUCCACCUCCUCCCUCCUCCGCCAUAACAACCACCGCUUCCUCUUCUCCUUCCGCUCCAAACCUUCUAAUUCUGACUCACACUCUAACUCACACUCACAGCAAUCUCUCUCAUUUGGAAACUCGCUAUUAUCUCUCACACCUUCUUCUGCGCGGUCAUCAUGCUGCCACGUGGCGCGCGUCUCCACGGAGGCAUUGGAGCUCUCGUCGACUCCGCCGCCGCCGGGCUUCGACCUCCGCCGCGAGAUUGCGAGGCUCACCGCGCUCCGGGAGAAGCUCGCCGGCUGCGGUACCACCGAGGAGAAGCUCCGGGCGGUGAACUCCGAUUCCAGGGUGAGGAGAUUCUUCAGCUCCCACCGCGGGCUCGUGAGGGUUUUGGCGCUCGGGUCUGAGGAGUUGUUCUUGCUCAAGUGCUUGGUUGCCGCCGGGCAGGAGCACGUGCUGUGCUUGGGUGACGGUGGACAGCUGGAGUCUUCGCCGGCGGCGGCGGCGAGUGAGGGGUCUGUGAAGAGCGCGUUCUACGCUCUGGCGGAGAUGAUUGAGAAACUGGAUUCGCGUAACGGCAAUGGCGGUGUGGGGUUUGGGAACAUGGGGAUGGCUUUGGAGGAUCAUGAAAUUCGUGACCUGAACAAGUUGUUAGAGACUUUGGCGCAAAUUGAACGCUUCUAUGACUGCAUUGGGGGAAUUAUAGGAUAUCAGAUAACAGUACUGGAAAUUAUUGCCCAAAAAUUGUUUGAGAGGCAGAAUAUAAACUGGGCUCAGCACAUGCAUGAAGUGAAAGAAUGCCAAAUUUUGGGAAUCGAUGCACCUAAAGGGCAUGACCUUUCUGAAAAUACAGAAUAUGCAUCUCAAGCAGCUCUAUGGGGUAUAGAGGGUUUGCCAGACCUAGGUGAAAUUUAUCCUUUGGGAGGCGCUGCAGACAGGCUUGGUUUAGUUGAUCCUGACACUGGUGAAUGCCUGCCCGCUGCGAUGCUACCCUAUUGUGGAAGGACUUUGUUGGAAGGUCUUAUAAGAGAUCUGCAGGCUAGAGAGUUCUUGUACUUCAAGUUAUUUGGGAAACAAUGUAUCACCCCUGUUGCUAUAAUGACAAGUUCUGCAAAGAACAACCACAAACACGUCACUUCUCUAUGUGAAAGACUUUCAUGGUUUGGAAGAGGUCGAUCAACUUUCCAACUUUUUGAGCAGCCUCUUGUGCCAGUUGUAGGUGCAGAAGAUGGGCAGUGGUUGGUCACGGAACCAUUCAGUCCCUUGACCAAGCCUGGUGGUCAUGGUGUCAUAUGGAAACUUGCUCACGACAAAGGCAUCUUCAAAUGGUUUUAUGGACAUGGAAGAAAAGGAGCAACUGUGCGCCAAGUCAGUAAUGUUGUGGCAGCUACAGAUUUAACCCUCUUGGCCUUAGCAGGGAUUGGAUUACGUCAAGGAAAGAAACUGGGGUUUGCUUCCUGUAAGCGUAGCUCAGGAGCCACAGAAGGAAUUAAUGUCCUGAUGGAGAAGAAAAGUCUUGAUGGUAACUGGGAAUAUGGUGUUUCUUGCAUUGAAUACACAGAGUUUGAGAAGUAUGGGAUUACGAAUGGAACUCUUGCUCCGUUAAGUAUGCAGGCAGAGUUUCCAGCGAAUACAAACAUCUUAUAUGUUGAUUUACCUUCUGCGGAGCUAGUUGGAUCAAGUAAGAGUGACAAUAGUUUACCUGGAAUGGUGCUAAAUACAAGAAAGACAAUAGAUUAUGUAGACCAGUUUGGAAGACACUGUAGGAUCUCUGGUGGAAGACUAGAGUGCACCAUGCAAAAUAUAGCAGACAAUUAUUUCAACUCAUAUUCAUCUAGGUGUUAUAAUGGCGUGGAAGAUAAGCUAGAUACAUUUAUUGUAUAUAAUGAACGAAGAAGAGUUACCUCAUCUGCUAAGAAAAAAAGAAGACAUGGAGACAAGUCCUUACACCAGACACCUGAGGGCUCACUAUUGGAUAUCUUAAGAAAUGCGCAUGAUCUGCUUUCAGGAUGUGAGAUAAGACUUCCUGAGAUUGAAGCUAAUGAGAACUAUGUUGAUUCGGGACCACCAUUUCUCAUCCUUCUUCAUCCUGCUCUUGGUCCCCUUUGGGAAGUCACCAGACAAAAAUUUUAUGGAGGUUCAAUAUCGAAGGGCUCUGAGUUACAGAUAGAGGUUGCGGAGUUCUUUUGGAGGAAUGUUCAGCUUGAUGGAAGUCUGCUCAUAUUAGCUGAAAAUGUUAUGGGUUCAAUGAGGAUUAGUGAGAGUGGUGAAUCUAUACUACAUUAUGGUCAAAGGUGUGGAAGAUGUAAAUUGCAGAAUGUCAAGGUGUUGAACAAAGGAAUUGAUUGGAGUUAUGGUGGAAACGUGUACUGGAAAAAUGAUGUGCAGCGGUCUGAGGUAUUGCAGAUCAUACUGCAUGGAAAUGCAGAAUUUGAGGCUACUGAUGUUACCUUACAGGGAAAUCAUGUAUUUGAAAUUCCAGAUGGCCACAAACUGAAGAUCACGCCGGGAAGCCCAGGUUUAGCAAUCCAGUUGGAUCCGAUUGAACAGUGCAUGAUGGACAGUGGAAGCUGGCACUGGAAUUACAAGAUUGAAGGCUCUCACAUUCAGCUAGAAUUUGUAGAAUCAUAGACCACUAACAACUUCAGGUGUCUGCUGCGUGAAUCAUGGUUCACAGUUGGUAUUAGAGUUUACCUUAAUAAUUUCGAUUACCAAGUAAAAGGUUGAACAGAUGUUAAACCUUUAUCAUGUUAGGUUGUUUUUUCACUUUACUGUAAAAUAUUGAUAGUCUUGUAAAAUUCCUGUAUUAUCAUUUGAGUUUUCCCUUUUGAUUUUGUUUUUUAUUGGAAUGAUCUCCAUGUAACUAACAUUGUAAAACUGACAGGAAUUCAAGCAAUUAAUAUGGAUCUAUUUCAUUGAUUUC